GUCAAAACAGAAAACAUAAACAGUAGCGGUGUGAGGGGGUUUAGUUCUCUCUGUUCGCUUCAUGUUUGCACAUUAUUUGUUACAAAUGUGCGCUUAUUUAGGGGUUAGAGUUUGUUGCGCUUGAGGAGCAGAAUUUGUGCCGGAGGAUUUUUGAAGUGCGGAGUUUUCGGGCCUGCUGAAGGCUCUCUUCGUCAGGAGGAACUCUGAGGCACCAUGGCCGACGGUGAAAGCAAUUCCAGCGUUCCUAACGGUGGCGCUGAAGAUCCAGAGCCAGGAGAGGGAAGCGGGAAUAAAGGAGACGCCGCGUCACCGGCGGAUGAUCAGACGCGACCUGAUUCAGAUUUGAGCUCGCAGCAGGAUCAGGUGACUGCAGAGGACGAGCAGGACGUGGAGGAGGACACGGACAGCAUGGACGGCAGCCUCCUGUACUCAUUCGUGGAGGAGGGUAGGGAGGGGGACGGCGGCCGGGGGCGCAGAGACAGGGCGAAGAAAGACGAGAGCAGGAGAGCGGCGCGGAAGCGGAACCGGCCCACGUCGCGCCACUCCUCCAGCUCGGACGAGGACGAGGCCGACGACGAGGAGGAGGACGAGGAAGAGAACGACAAGGACGACGAGAAGGACAUGGAGGCGUGGCUCGGGGCGGAGCUGAAGGACAUGAAGAGGCCCAGGUGGCGGGCGGUGCCGUCCCUGCGGGCGCGGGAGAUCGGCAGGAACUCGGCGCGGUUCGUGACGCGCGUGUGCGGCUCCCGGGGCCUGGUGCAGCGCCUCACCCUGCAGGCCGAGCUCAAGCGGCACAGCGGCUGCGUCAACACCCUCCACUUCAACCCCUCCGGCACCCGCCUCGCCUCGGGCAGCGACGACCUGCGGGUGGUGAUCUGGGACUGGGCCCGACACCGCGCCGAGCUCGAGUUCGACAGCGGGCACAAGAGCAACGUCUUUCAGGCUAAGUUCCUCCCCCACAGCGGAGACUCCACGCUGGCCAUGUGCGCCCGGGACGGACAGGUCCGAAUAGCCGAGCUCUCGGCCACGCAGCGCUGCAAGAGCACAAAGCGAGUGGCUCAACACAAAGGAGCUGCUCACAAGCUGGCGCUGGAGCCCGACUCGCCCUCCUGUUUCCUCUCCACCGGGGAGGACGCCGUCGUGUUCGGGAUCGACCUGCGCACCGAGCGACCCGCCAAUAAGCUGGUGGUGGUGAAGGAGGGAGAUAAGAAGGUGGGGUUGUACACCAUCUACGUCAAUCCGGCCAGCACACAUUACUUUGCUGUUGGAGGAAGAGAUCAAUACGUCAGGAUCUACGAUCAGAGGAAGAUCAACGAGAACGACAACAACGGCGUCCUGAAGAAGUUCUGUCCAUCACACCUGGUGUCCAGCGAGUCCAAGACCAACAUCACCUGCCUGGUGUACAGUCACGACGGCUCAGAGCUGCUGGCGAGUUAUAACGACGAGGACAUUUACCUGUUCGACUCGAGCCACAGCGACGGAGCCGAUUAUCGCCGCAGAUACAAAGGACACCGUAACAACGCCACAGUGAAGGGCGUGAACUUCUACGGGCCGCGCAGUGAGUUUGUGGUGAGCGGAAGCGACUGCGGACACAUUUACCUGUGGGACAAACACUUGGCCCGUGUGGUGCAGUUCCUGGACGGAGACAAGGGAGGAGUGGUGAACUGUUUGGAGCCACACCCUCACCUGCCUGAUUUGGCCACCAGCGGGUUGGACCAUGACGUGAAGCUCUGGGCCCCGACCGCCGAGGCUCCUACCAACCUGAAAGGUCUCAAAGAGGUGAUGAAGAAGAACAAGCGGGAGCGUGACGAGGACAGCGCCCGGCACGGCGAGCAGUACGAUACGCAGCUCCUCUGGUUCCUCAUGAGGCACAUGAGGAACCGCAGGCCUCCCAGAUCUCAGAGUCGGCACGUGGAAGGUGGAGACGGCGACAGCGACGAAUCCUGGAGCUCUCCGGAAUCUUCUGACGACGACGAUGCCGGUCCUGACCACGUCCAGUGCAUGUCCUCCUGAGCCACACACACACACACACACACACACACACACAGAGCUCACAGUCAAUUAUUUAAUCACACACACACACACACACACACACAUACAGUUAUGGUACCUACAGGCAAAACCGUGAUCGAGGAAUUGAUAUUUUUGAUAUGUUUAUAUUAAUCAGAACAACACACACACACACACACACACACACACACGUAUUCCCACUCGUACCAGUUCACGUUGCACACUGGAGCGGGGCGGCUCACCGCCCUCCGUAAACAGCACCAGAGACCUGAAGUUUCUCCGCCUGGACUCGAGAUUACGGCUUCGUUCUUUCGCUUGGCUUCUCUCUGGACGGCGUCCUUCCAGAGGAACAUUAGAUGAUCUGGCAACCCUUUAGUCCACUUUUUGUUUUUUUGAACUGGUGCAAAAACUUGGGAGUAUUCACGAAACGGGAAACCGGGGCAUCUGUUGAGACGGGGAGAAGCGUCCGGUCCCUGUACUGUACGUUGAGGAUUUUUUGGCAUGGCUGUAUCCCAAAUCGAUACAGAUUUGAUAUUCGUGCACUCUGUAGGGUGUGAAGCUUUUGUGAUGCACUACAUGGAGGAUUUGGUUGGAAAUAUUGGCCACGCGGUGACACUGUGUGGUGUAGCGUCGUUAUUUUAUCAUCUUGUUCCGUAUGACGUGUGAGCAUGGCUUCUCAGCUUGCACCCCAUGGGUCAGUACCCUCUUUUACUGGCGAAGAUGAGAUGUACGCUGACUUCUGGCCGCUGUCGACGCCCUAAUGCAGCUUUUUGAAGAUUAUAUUAUAGUGUAGUACUUCAUGCUGUAUUUAGUGCACGUGUGUUGGUUCUUCAUACCUUCGUAUUGGCCACACGUGAUCAUAAACGAAGCGCAGAGACCAAUCCAAAAUGCGUUCCUAUUUAAUUAGGCGUUCCUAACACAGGUUGGCAUGGUGGUGCAGCUGGUAGUGUAGGUGUGGCCCAGCAAUUGCUCCUGAAGAUGUGAAUUGAGGGUUCUUAUUGAAAUUGAACUUUGGCGUCCACCUUGGUCUCGUCUGGGUCCUAAAAUAGGGUUCGUAGGGGUCGCCGUUGGUCGGUCGUGUGUGUAGAGCGCCCGACCGAGCUGGUGGCACCGCAGACUCAACUUGUUGUGUUAUUUUCUGCUUAGAAUAAAAAAGAAGAGACGUUCAGAGACCAGGGGUGUGCAAACUUUUGCAUUAGAGCGUAUAUAGUGCACUUAAAGGCGAAGGAUCACUACGUCACAGCACACGUAGACCAGCCUAAAGUCGUGAGUUCUGCUAUUUUGGGCCCAUAUAAAUAGGGUUAGGUGCCUCUUCUCGCCUGGCAGCUUCUAAUCUCGUGUUGUUGAUAAGCUUGCUUGACUGUGUGCAGCGAGACCUGCGAUCAUAAGCUUGCUGGUGGUUCAAGAAAAGAAAAAGCAUCAGGUGAGAGUUUGGGUUCUUUCCUUCUUGGUGAGAGCCCACUGUUCCAUGAAUGAUUUAACAGGUCAAGUCAGAUUAGCCUGUUGUAUAUGGGCACAGAGAAGUCGCACUUGUAGUCAGUCUCGGUCAGUAAUGAGGAGUUGGAGGAAGGCGAAGUUAAACUGUGGCUCUUUCCACACCACCAGGUCACAUCAGUAUGGAGAACUGUUAGACAUGUAGUGCACUAGAUCUGAUGCCCUCCGUAGUGCACUUGUGAAGAAGAGACUCAGCCUGUUUGGAGUGACCCGGCCCUGUCCCAAUCCUGAAGCAGUGACUCUCUCUCUCUCUGGUUUGCUGAGUGCACUUAAAUCAGGGAUCUGCUCCGAUCUGAAGCGAGUGUGUUUGCACUGAGAAGUGUUUUUGUUUUUGUUUCAUUUGUUCUGAUUUCUGGUCCCUGAAUUAAGGGUUUGAGAUUUGGAUCUAGACCUCCUUUUGCACUCGGAUGGAAAAUCUGGACACUGGAGCUCCUCCUGAAAGCGUCUUUCCUAAAAAAAACAUGAUCAAUAAAGAAAUAAAUAAUAAAAGUAAAUGAAAGCUAUGUACUUAACCCCCCUUCCUGUGAGGUUUGCACGCAGCUGAGGAUCGACACACAGCCAACAUGCUAUUUGGGACGAAGUCCUUGGCUUAUAGAUGCACUUUUGGGAAGUUUUUGGGUUUUGACAUCGUGGGAUAAAGGAAAAUGAUUCUGCAGUACAAAAUUAAAGGUCAUUUAUGCUGUUGUGUUGUAAUAAAGAGCGAGCUGACUAGUGCGCUUUAUACCCUGCAUACCUGACGUUAGGUAGCUACGUGCUGCAUCGCCUAACAAUUUGCACGAAGUUUGUUUUGCUAGGUCAGUAAUAUUUUUCAACAUUGGCUGACGACAAACUAGUUGGGUCUACUUUACUAGUUGUUAGUACUUUACGAGAUCUGAUUACGUUAGACAGGAACAGCACAGAUCAGGCUAGCUAGCAGGCCCCAUCACGCUCACACGCUUUCAUAUGUGUCCUGUUACGAUCCUAGCGUGUCUUGCUAGAGAAUCAAACACUGCAUGCUGAAUCCUAGGUUAUUGAUUAGUGCCACGCAUAGCUCGUUCUACGUGCUAUCUGUUGGGUCUCCAGUCAAUUUAUGCAUUAUGCUAACUAGCUACAUAACCAUUAAAUUUGGUCCCGGUCAGGUCUCGGCUCCAUUUCGUCAUCAGUUCUUUACAUUUCUAUACACUGCAUGUGAAAUAUUAGUGAGUUUGCUAAAUUUUGGUUAACGUCCUGGCGUUGAUGUUCUACAGGCUGUUGUCGGGUCUCAUCACAGUAGCUGGAUAAACGUGGACUACUGAAGCCACUCUCGUCUUGUACGACGAUUUCAGAGCGAUUUUUGUUGUUGUUGCGGUGUAAGACGCUUGAUAAGUGCAAACAAUUGAUGGCAACACGUAUUUAAUAAAACGCCUGGACGCACCAGGUGACUUUUUCUGCUAGAUGAAAGACGACGUGUUGCCAUAUUUUCACGUUUUUGGAUCUUUAAGCAAUUUAAAAUAAAAGCUUUAUAUAAUAAUAGAACUAGCUAUUUUAUUAUUCUGAACACGUGGGUUUUGCAUGCGGACGAUAUUUCGCAGGUCAAAAACAACACGCCACAGAAUGCUAGUUUGCCAUUUUGGACGCAGCCAUCAGGAGGAAGGGGGGGUGUUAAAUUUUUCCUGGUUUUCACGAGGGGAAGUAAAAAUCCAGCGUCUCUCUUUUUGUAUAAAAAUAAGUUAACUUUGUAUGUAAAUACGAAUAUAUAAUUCUAUAUAAAUAUAUAUUAAAACGGACUGUAUAGAACUCUUCAGCCACUAUCGUCCAAACUCCAUCCAGAGAUUUCUAUUGUACAAAAAGGACUUUUAGGAAAAGUUUCCUCCUCAUUUCUUUUAUUAACAUCCUGUAGAAUCAUUGUUAGAAAUGAAUCUGAGAUUGUUUUUUGUUUUCUUUACGUUUUCGCUCGUUUGUUUUUGAUGGUUGAGUUUUCGCACCGCUGCCUAAAACUGUUUCAGUUCAGAUAAAAACAUGUACAUGUUGUGCAGUAAAAAAAAAAAAAACGGCUGUACGUCAGUGUGUGUGUCUCUUUUAUUAUUAUUAUUAUUAUUCUGUUUUACCUCCUUCUCUAACUGUUAUGCUGGGUUCACAAUGUAUAUUGAAAAG